GCGUGGAACAUCCUGGAAACCAAUCGUUCCAAUUAGUGUUGUGAUAACUGAUCCUCUGACUCUGUGUGAUAAUUGUUAACUUUAACUGAUACUUUGAUGUAUUGCAUCAAAUAAUACUUAUACCCAUACUUUAGACCAUCGACUUUUCUUGCGAAGUCCAAAGGAGUCAAAAGGGCUAAUCGAAGUGGACAUCGCUCACCCGAAGUUUUCGAAGGAUUUGGGAUUGUGAUAUUUUUCAGUUGAUAGACUAGACAUGGAAUUGCCUCUUGGACGAACUUUGCGGGUCGGUUUUGUUGUUGUUUUAUUAGUGUCAGGCAUGGAUUCUCAGCGGAUAAGACCCUGGAAGCGCCACAGCGGGAAACGGAUAAUUCUGCACCCCCAUGGGUUCUAUAGGACGUCCGAGCAUAAGACAGUGAGAAAGCAGAAUACGCAUAAGAACAACACGUCCUUAGAUGGUAAGGAUGCGACGAUGAAACGUAAUUGGUUCUUCAACAGCUUAGACAGCUGCCUAGCCCACCUCGGAGACAAAGCUUACUCAAGUGACGGUAAAACGUCCUGCAAUGGUACAUGGGACACAGUUCUGUGCUGGCCGGCGGCACCUGCAGGAACACUGGCAAGACACCACUGUCCACCUCUACGAGGUCUCGAUCCCUCUAGAUAUGCAUACAAACGGUGCAGUUUGGACGGACGAUGGGAGGGCAAGUACCUGGACGACUUCAGUAUGGAGCCGGCAGGCUGGACAAACUACAGUGACUGCUACACCGCCCUCGCCAAAAAACAAAUGGAUAAGUUCUAUGGGAACAAACACGAAUGGGAAAGACAGCUGUUGCGGGAGAUUGUAGGCGGAACUCGGACCAUGGAGAUGGUGGGACUGUGCCUUUCUCUUGUUAGCCUCACAUUAUCACUCAUCAUAUUUUGUUACUUCAGGAGUUUAAAAUGCAACAGGACUCGUAUUCAUCGAAACCUUUUUAUAGCCGUCAUAGUGCAGGUUGUCAUUAACCUGAUCAUGUACAUAGACCAAUACCUUGACAAAACAGUCGAAAGGGCAAUUGGAACCAUAUCUAGUACUCGUAUUGUUUGUGAAAUGCUCUACACAUUAAUGGAAUAUUCAAAGACUGUGAAGUUCAUGUGGAUGUUAAUAGAGGGCAUUUAUCUACACAAUAUGAUAGCAAUAUCCGUGUUCUCGGGGAGACCCAAUUACAUAUUAUAUUAUUCUAUAGGAUGGGGAUUGCCUGUGUUAAUAACUUUAGCAUGGGCGAUUACAACGGGACUGGUUCAUCAUGAGAAAUGUUGGUGGGGUUACACAUUCCAGCCAAUCUUCUGGAUUCUUGAAGGUCCACGUGCUGCCGUCAUCGCUGUGAAUAUAUUCUUUUUACUCAAUAUUAUUCGGGUGUUAGUCACGAAGUUACGGGAGAGUCAUUCAACAGAGGCACUCCAAGUCAGGCAGAGAAUGGUUUGGAAAGCCGUUAAAGCUGCCAUUGUGUUAUUACCGCUGCUGGGCAUUACAAACUUCAUCAACAUGGUACCAGAGCCGUCUGACAGCGCGGUCAAGUUCGGGGUCUGGUCCUACACGUCUCACUUUCUCAUAACAUUCCAAGGCUUUUUCAUCGCACUUUUAUAUUGUUUUCUAAAUGGUGAAGUACAAUCAACGAUAAAGAAGCAUUGGGAGCGAUUCCAGCAGAGCCGGGGAGGUCGCUACACGUCAGGAAAGCGCCGGUUAAGUCGAACCUUUUCUGUCUUCACGUCCGUUACAGAGAUGCCACCUCAGCAGGUGAGUGAAGCUGGACCCCAGUUAGGGCGGCUCACGAGGGCCAGACUGUCUUUACCCGUUUUACCAAGCCAAACAAGUCCUGCUCUAAAUAUGAGAAAUUCAUCUCGCUUGUUCCAGAAUCACCGAUGGUCUAGACGAAUGAGAUGGAGUAGGCGUGGAACGAGAAACAGCGAGACUAGCGAAACAGAGGAGGUGACCCCUAACAACAACGGCUCGCUCAGCAAUGGACACCCUGCAAAUAGUAGUGACACACCGGUUAACGAGUCAAUGGUAUGACGUCAUGAGUCACCAACCAAUCAAAAACAUUACUCGUAGUACCCUCCAAUUACAGGCAGAUUCACCGGAACGACCAAAAAAGUUUGUCUGCUGCGCAUGGCGGAAGAAUGACGUUGACAUUUGACCCGGAAGCGGAGGUGACGUGAUUCAAUUCAGCCAAUAAGAUUUCAACGAAAGGAUCGAAUUCCGGCCUCUGGUAGUGCGGCGUCAGGCAGGACCUUGGUGCGGCAAUUAGUUAGACUAUUAGCAUGUAGAUGGCGAUUUCUCGGUGACUGACGCCUGGUGUCGAGUGUGUGUUGCCUCUGAAAUUCAUAUAAAACCAUCACGGGGGGGAAGAGGGGGAGGGGG